AUGUCCUCUGUCAAACCAAAUGUGACCAAGCGCGCCUGCGACGGCUGUAAGAUUCGAAAGAUCCGCUGUGGCGGCGGUCAGCCUUGUCGGUCCUGCAUCAAGGCCAAAAUCAAAUGUACCUAUGUCCGCGUUCAACAAUGUCGAGGGCCGAGGCGGUUGCGCUCGACGACGCAAUACCUUAUCGAGCAAGCGCAGGGUGGCGGCGAUAGUAAUGACUGCGACGCUUCGCACGGCGCGACGGAAACGAUGCUCGAGAGGCUUCAUCCGAACACUACACCUGCGCGCCAGACCACGCACAUGGAAAGGUCGGUUGCAUCUGUUGGCGCAAUUUCGCGCAUCCCUCUCGAUACCCUGACCUCUCCGCUUUCCAUUUACCACGUGCGCAUGUACCCGGUUUGGCCGAUUGUCAACGUCGAAGAGAUAGUAUCUAUACUUCAACAGGACGCUGGUCACAGUGACGAUGAGACUUAUGCGUUAUCGACUGCUGUGGCAGCAGCGACGAUAGCUCAACUACGAUUAGAGCAAGGUCCCAGUGCCCGGGAGACGAUCACAGCCGAGAGGUUCGCAGCGGAAUGCUUGCGGGCUCGGAACUCAUGUCAUUACCGGUCCCAGGUAAACCUGAACAGUAUCCGGACGUCCUUUUUCCUGCAUGUCUACUAUGAAAACCAAAAGCCCGGUGGGAGCGAAUCGCUGCUGCACUUACGAGAAGCCAUUUCCAUGGCCCAAAUCAUGGGACUCCACCGAGAGUCCUCUUACAAUUCCCUGUCGUUCGAGGAGGAACAAUUGCGUCGGCGUGUGCUUUGGCUACUCUUUGUCACAGAACGAGGAGUUUGUAUCCUCCAUAGGUACCCAGUCACGUUGAAAACGAAUAUCUCAGCUCCGGUGAUUGACGAAAACGACGAAUCCCAUGUUCUCCCCGCCUUCCUCAAGCUGCUCAGCCUCUUUCAGAUCUUCGAGAAAUCAGGGAUGUUCGACAUUAUUCAGGAUGAACAUUCAGAGCUGCAGCCUGGUGUGAAUAGUGUGGGACGUGUCGACUGGCCCUUCCUGGAAGGUCUUCAGCGGAAUCUGCAGGACGGAUCGACGCUUUUUGACCGGAUCUCGGACGUACAGAAGGCCGACUUGUGCGUCACUCGGCAUUGGAUGCGAAUGAUUCUAUGGAAACUAUCCCCAAAAGGCUAUCUGGGGUCUUCCCCGUCCGCCGACCGGUCCAUGUCCCUCUGCUUCCCACUUAACGUCGCCAAGGAGCUAGUGAGCAUCGUCUCGCAGCUACCCCGGUCCGCAGUCGAGGCGCACGGCUUGGGUAUGGAGCUCAAGAUUUAUGAGAUUGCCAAUUCCCUUGCCGAUGCCAUGACGGACCUCGCUGCGCUGCCACUUUCGCCCCAAUGGGAUGGUGAGAGUCGUCCGAGUUAUAUAUUAUCACGUCUCCACGCGAUACUGUCGACGUUUCGCGGCGGAGGAAACAAGAAAUUGGUCGAUAUUCUCUACCAGAAAAUGGCAGAAGUACAGGUCAUCAUUGGACCCUCGUUAACAACACCUCUUCGAAAUCAUGGUACCAGCAAGCAUCGGGCAUCCCCCAAGGAAUGCGAAGCUUGGGACCAACAAGCGAAUAGAAUUGCCGAGUUGACCAAUUAUGAUACUACAGCAUCCACCUGUUUAGACCCACUUGCUUAUCCAGCCGACGCGAACGACUUGACCUACGCGCCGAUUUGUGAUAUGUCCUUUGGGAGUCCAGGGGAUGGUGAUCAGAACCAAAUUCCAAAAUACCCAGACGCAAACAAUCUCUUUCAACCGACGUAUGACGAGGGGACAUCCAAUUUUCUGUUUGAUCCAAGUAGCGUAGUGAUUGAACCGCAGGAAAUGGCCCCUUUGUCACCCAUCUGGUCAUCGUUUAUGCCGAUGAACGCAAUCACCGAGGACAUCGCGUCCCAGAUCUUACGGGCCUCAGCCCAGGAUAUUCUCUUUCCUGGUGCUGAUUUCACGAACGUUGCUACAGGCACAGAUUUUGUGGGUCUUUACUGA